AUGGGUCCUCUCCAUUACUCAUUAUUAAUUCUGCCGUCCGUCUUGAUCCUCUCCACAUACUACCUCCUCCUCCUCCUAAAACGGCGCCGUUCCCCCAGCCCCGACAACCCGCCACGGCUUCCUCCGUCGCCUCCAGCGCUCCCGGUGAUCGGAAACCUCCACCAAGUCGGCCUCUACCCGCACCGAACCUUCGCCGCCUUGGCCCAGCGUUACGCCGCCCCGGUGAUGCUGCUCCGCCUGGGCAGCAAGCCGGCGCUCCUCGUCUCCACCGCCGGCGCCGCCCGCGAGCUGUUCAAGAGCCACGACCUCCUCGUCUCCACCAGGAUGCGAAUCCGGACCUUCGAGAGGCUCUUCUACGACGCCAAGACCGUCGCCUCCGCGCCGCACGGGGAGUACUGGCGCCACGCGCGCGCCACGUGCGUGCUCCACCUGCUCAGCAACAAGAAGGUCCACUCCUUCGCGCCCGUCCGGAUCCGGGAGACCGAGCUGAUGGUGGAGAGGAUCGCGGACGCGUCGCGGCGGGGCGUGGCGGUGGAUCUGAGCGACGUGGCCACGUGUCUCUCCAACGACGUCAUCUGCCGGGUGUCGUUCGGGGACAAGAUGACGUCCGACCCGGACGUGGCGGGCCGGUUCAAGGUGUUGCUGGAGGAGCUGAUGAAGCUGCUGGGAGGGUUUUUCGUUGGUGAUUUUAUUCCGUCGUUGGGUUGGGUGAACCGGCUGGUUGGGGUGGACCGGAGGGUGGAUAAGACGUUUAAGGAGUUCGAUGAGAUGUUGGAGAGCAUACUCGUGGAGCAUGAGGGUUGGAUUGAUAACGCAGGAGAUCGCAGCAAAGAUAGGUCAAACGGAUCGGUAGAAGAAGGCUGUCAAAGUUUUGUGGAUGUUUUGCUUGAAGCGCAGAGGGACGGGAAGACGACGAGUCAUUUCCUUGGUAGAGACAACAUCAAGGCUCUUCUCAUGGACAUGUUGGUCGGUGGAACUGACACAAGUGCCACGCUACUGGAAUGGGUAAUGGCAGAGCUUCUAAAGCAUCCACGGGUCAUGAAGAAGCUCCAACACGAGGUCAGAACAAUCACCAAAGGGAAGUUGGAGAUUUCAGAUUCUGAUUUGGAUCAAAUGACCUAUCUGAAACAAGUCAUGUUGGAGACACUUCGUUUGCACCCUCCAGUUCCGUUGCUCGGUCCUCGAGAACUGAUCGAAGACUCCACCAUCAUGGGGUACGAGUUAGAAGCUGGUACCUUGGUUUUCACGAAUGCUUGGGCCAUCGGCAGGGAUCCUCGAAGUUGGGACGAACCGGAGGAAUUUCGACCGGAGAGGUUUACGAAUGGUUGCUUGGACCGCGGUCAAGAUUUCGACGUGAUCCCAUUUGGUGCUGGAAGGAGGGGAUGUCCUGGCAGGGCUUUCGCUCUAGCGAUCAACGAGCUCGUGGUGGCGAAUCUGGUGGGGAGAUUUGAUUGGACACUUCCUGAUGGAAUCAAGACUAAGGAUUUGGACAUGAAUGAGUGUGCACUUCCAACCAUACAUAGGAGAUAUCAUCUUCGUGCCAUGGCCAUUACAAUCUAG